UACAGUCUAUAAAUGUCUAAGCUGGCAUUUAAAAAAGGACGGGAGGUUCAUUGGUGGCUAUAAAUUCGUAUCUAUAAUUUCUCUCUCUCUCUCUCUCUCUCUUCCUUUCUCUCUCUUCCUUUCUCUAUUCAAUAAGUGCUUUCUGAUGACACUGCAGUCCCUGUUCUAACAAAGUUUCCCUCCUUUUCGCAGUAGUCAGAAUUGUAAGGUGCACCACGGACUUGAUGGUGAAUGCACUUCUUCAGAAUGGUUGCAACCAACAGCUUAAAUAAUAAAAAUUCUGAACUGAUACAGCAGCGAUCUCAGCAGGCAUCCUUCUCUGACUUUGACUAUUGGGAUUUUGCAGUGCCUGAACCCAACUUUAAUGAGAUGGUGUUUGAGGAACAAACAUGCCAGAAUCUAAUUAGAAUGCUGGAGAACUGCCUCUCUAAAUCAAAACAGACUAGACUGCAUUGCUCAAGGGUUUUAGUCCCUGAGAAACUAACUCGGAGGAUAGCUCAAGAUGUCUUGCGUCUCUCUUCUACGGAGCCUUGUGGCUUGCGGGGCUCCAUUAUUCAUGUCAACUUGGAAACUGGAAAUGUAUGUAAAAGGCUGGAUAAGAUUGUUUGUGACCCCAGCGUCAUUCCUACUUUUGAACUGACACUGGUGUUCAAGCAAGACAAUUGUUCAUGGCCUAGCUUCAGGAGUUUAUUCCCCAGAGUUUGUUUUACUUCUAGCUAUAAACAGACUCUGAUCUUGAGCCCUGGGUUUCGUCUAAUUAAGAAAAAAUUAUAUUCCUUGAUUGGGACCGUGGUUGAAGAAUGCUGACAAGUGUACUAGUUAAAGAGAGCUGAGCUUAAAUCCCUUAGAAAUAGGAGGGAUAUUUGCACAAUACGCAUCGAUGGUCUCGAAACCAUUUGGUGCUAUGUAAAAUAAGGAGUGCAGCUCCUUGAUACUUGAAACAUUCCUUGGUUAGCAAUUAGCCCAAUAGCCAUCCUGAUUGCUACUUAUUGCUAGCAGUUGAACUAAAUGGUUUAGCAUUCUUUGAUAUUUAUUUUUAAUGUUUUAUUUUAUGAUUUACAUUGUUUUCAAUCCAAAUUGCUAAUAAGCUUUCAGGAAACAAAUUGGUCUCUAGAACUAAAUAGAUCAAAGAGUUAAGAAUGAUGCUUCCAAAAUGCUUCUCAUAGGUGCAUUGGUAGUAUCAAAUAAAAGAGACAUGACAUAAGAUAAUGAGAACUUUUGAAGCUAUUGUUGCUUUUUCUUCAAGGUCAUCUUCUUAACUAACAACAUUUGUCAUAAUUCCUCUAUAACAUUCAGAAGCCUUACGCAGGCUUCCUGCAAUCUGGUGUCUUCUUGAUGUAUUGCUUCUACAGCUAUAGGCACUCCUACUCAGCAUGGCCAAAGGCUAGAAAUUUUAGUCUUAACAUAUUUGUAAGGAGUGCCAGCUUGAAGAAAGUCGUCUUACCUGUCAUGAUUGACUUGCCUUCUAUGCUAAAAGAUUUGCAGGAAGCAAGCUUACCCAAAUAAUCAUUGCAUUAGAGUUUUACCCUCAAUUUUAUACAGUAAUACUGAAGUCUACAAAACACUUCGUGUACAUUUGGCACUGAACAGUUUGUGUUGCUUUGUAGUCAAUUUAUUAGCAUAUUUAUUGUCAUGAUAUAUUUUAAAUAGCGUAGCCAAUUUGGGAGGUAAAAACAGUCUGGAUUUUUUUCUCAAUUGUAAAUGAAGAGCAAUAAUCUAGAACAGGGGUGUCAAACUACCGGCCCACAAGCCAGAUGUGUCAUGCCAAAACUGCACCCACCCCAGCUCCGUCAAUGGGGGAAAAGUCAUGAUACGUCACGUAACAUGGUGAGUUUGACACCCCUGAUCUAGAACCACACAUCCAGUUGAUAGUCAUAGAUGAUGUCAGAAGCCAUUGCUUCAGUAUAAACUUUGAAGCUCUUAUUAAAUUGAUUCCUGCAAAGAAUCAAUGAAAUAUUCAUCACUCCUUUAAUUCAGUGAUUUUUGGUUGAGCUAUGGAAAAGAUAAAGGUAAGAAGAUAAAGGUUUGGGUAUCCAGCUUUCUUCUAGAUACACAUAUAUACUGUAGACAUCCAUAAUCCAAGAAGUAAACUGUAUAGUUCUUAGCAUAGUCAUACAUAUAUAGAGAUGUUCUUACUUCAGCAGGAUUGGGAACAAGUCCCAAAUCUUGUUUCUUUUUACGACAGUGCAAAAUUGGAAAUCAUCCUUCUCAAACUGGUGCCAUUUAGAUAGACAGGGACCACAAUUUCCAGAAUUUCAAUCUUUUUGUCCUGUUGACUAUGAAUUAUGAGAACUACAGCCACAUUAUUUCUGGAGAGCACUAUCUUGGAGAAGGCUGAUCUAGAUCCCCAGCUGUCUUCUCUUCAUGGCAAUAUUUAUAGAAAUUUAAUACCUACUAUUGAUCUAUUAGGAAAAUUUCCAAGCAUGGAAAAGAUGAGAUCCGUGCUUCUUGGAAUUAGAAUAAUGUAUUUUCUAGGAUUAAGUUUCCAUGGAUUGUAAGAAAUAAAUAAUAUUAUAUGUCCAUUCUAAAAGAAACAAAAAGUAUCUUUUUUCCCCCAGAAUAACUCAGUGGGGAUCAGACUCUAAACUGUACAAGCAGCAAGAAAUGAGGGGAGAAAGAUGAAAAUGCCAUUGGGUUUUUGUUUGUUUGUUCGUUUGUUUGUGUAGCAGACUUGCAUCUUGCCUUGUAUGCAGGGAAGUAGAAAGGAUAGAUAAGUCAAGCUACUCUUGUGAAACUUUUUUCUUUAAAUCAAUUUUAAUAAACUCUUUAAAUUAGGAUAAACUGUUGUGUAAAGUAAGUUUUGCUCUGUUGAAUUUAAUAUGUGAGGGAUAAAAACAUGUAGUCUAAUGCAGGUGUUUUGGGGAAGGGAUGCCUCUUAAGUUGCAGAAGACUGUGAAUUAUAGUUAGCUGACUUUAAACCUGAAAGUUGUGCACUUCUCUCUGCCAGUCAAUUGAGAUUAUGUUGUCCUGGCCUUUAUAAACUAGGUUAUAGCCCAUCUACAGCAUGGAUUCAAGAUUAGGAGACCUUCUUUAGCAGAUUCAGGAGACAGAUAGAGAGAUGCAAGGAGCAAUAAAAAUGACAGCUGUGGCAGCAAAAAUCUGCUUUUGUAACAUUAGAAGUGCAGAGUUUUAAAAUUUCUGAUGUUAUUAUCACCACUUCAUAAAUUUGUACAUAUGUUCUGAAUUGCACUGAUUUGGGCUCCCUUGUUGUUGUGGAGUUAGGAAAUGUUUUUUCUUACUAUUAUCUUAAUAUUGUUCUUAAAUGUGAUACUUAUGUAAGUCUAUCAAUAAAUAAAGAAAUGUAUUUUAAUUCCCAGCACUCAGGUUAGUACUGAAAGCAUAAUGAUACCGUAUCUGGUACUUUUCAUAAAAGCAUCAUAUAAAUGCAGCAAUACUUUCCUGUGGAAUGCAAUAGAUUCCAUAGGAGGCAAUUUUCACAUAAAUAGGUAGUGAAUCAUUCAUCCAUUAGUACCUGAUCCUGUAUGUAAAGUGUUCGACUAUGAUCGGUACCGGGGCUUUUUUUCUCAUAGAAUGCUUAGAACAGAAUUCCGGCACCUUUUUUGGAUGGAACCUUGUAGGGUAGGCAAGGCAGGUUGUACGACAUGUGUGAGUUCCGGCACUUUUUUUUUUUUUUUUUUAGAAAAAAAGCACUGGUCGGUACAAAAAUCCCAUUGACAAAGUAUAGAAAACUUCUUUGAAGAACAGAAGUAUUAGAAUGACUUUAAAAUAUGAUGUUAGUUCAAACUAUGCUAGCAGCUAUUCCCAUAAAUUGGGUUGAGUCCACAUGUCUCUUAACCUAUGAAUUAUGUUUUGCAAAAAACAAAACACUUGAAUUACAAAUGACCCUCAUCCCUUGAAUUUUUUCUGGAGUGGCAACAUUUUAAAGUAAGUUUGGGGAUAAAUUUUAAACCCCCACAAAUAUUCAAUUUAAGUAUUAGUGAUUUGUGACAUCUUUAAGAGAGAAAAAGCUCCCAGUAUAUGUUAACUAUUAAACAUUCUCAUUUUGGCCAUCUUCAAAACUUAACAUUCUCUCAAACAUUUUGACAUCAUCAUUAAAUUCUUUCAAUAGGUGUUUCCAUUUCGGCUUCAUAACUAACAACACUCGUUGCUUGAUCAUCAGUAUGAAGUGCAGGAAUUUGUUGGAAGAAAAACUACAUUUUAAGUUUUGAAGAUCUAUAAUUAUUUACCAGUAUUUUUGAAUUCCCUGAACUUCCAAAAUGAUGUUUAAUAAAUCUUGGUUUGGCAUUAAUUUCUUUCCUUCAACAGAAAUUAAUUGGCGUGAGAAUGUAGUAAAAAACGAGCAAUAAAUAAAGGAAGUUUGAGCUUUUUUUCCCCUUUUUUCCCUUUGUGCACUUUGGAAUUAAGCCAAAUCCUUCCAGAAUGCUGGCAAAAAAUCCACUCCUAUCUCUCUUGAGUCCAAAGGGGAAUAUAGUAAACAUUUCCAUCUAUCAUUCAGUGCUGCAGAGUGCUGAGAGGGUGAGAUUCAACAACUGGUGUAUGAUUAAUUGUUACAAUGGCUCCUCUUUUUUAUUGAAAAUAUAUCCAGAACAAGGUAGAAUUCUUAUUAGCUAUGCAACCUGGAAGAGCUGAAGCAGAGGCCUGGAUUGUGCUGUACUGUGUGUGUGUGUGUGUGUGCGCGCGCGCACACACGUGUGCAUAUUACAGAAAUACAUAUCUUCUUGUUUAUGCUGACCGUUACUUCCUAUUAUGUUAUUUUGUCAAUUAUAUUGCAUUCUUUCAUAUUUGAUCAUUAGCUGCCCUGCCACCUGCUAUUAAAAGAAUGAAAAAUACAAAACAAUAAAUAAAGAAAUGUUGGAAAACAUUA